AUGCAUCCUCCACCAACGCCUCGACAACACAGCGACAGGUCUUCGCACACUGUUUCGAAAUGGACUACACCCAUCCCUCAAUGUUCACUCCCCCGAUUUGUCUUUGGCUCCCCUCGACGCUCUCCGAGUAGCCGAAAGAUCCUCAUUGAUGCCGACUCCCCUGACACGAGAGCUUUGUCGCUGGCACAAUACCGACUCCUAUCUGCUCGUGUAGCGGUGGGCUUGCAGAAACUGGGCGUCAACCCGAAAGAUCGGGUGUUGUGUGUGACCUCCAAUGCCCUCUGCUAUCCUGCGCUCCUCAUGGGCACCGUGAUGGCCGGCUGUAUCUUCGCUUCUGGACAACCUGCCCUCAACCAGGCCGAAUUCCAUCGUCUCAUCUGCUUUUCGCAACCUUCGGUAAUCUUUGCCAGCCGUGCCACCCUUCCAGUUGCCCUUCAAGCCGCGCGUCUAGCGAAUCAUCCCGAUGACCGAAUUUUCGUCUUUGAUGAUGACCUCCUAGACGGCUGCGGCGAGCCAGAAGGUCCAAUUCAGCACUGGCAAACGAUGGUGGCGUCCGAAUGGGAGGGGUCCCGAUUUUGGUACCCCUCAGUCAUCUCCUCCCAGGAGUACAACAGUACAAUUAUGCUUCUUUUUACUUCCGGCACAACUGGUGAGCCCAAGGGUGUCGAACUGUCGCAUCGCAACUACAUCGCUGCAGCAAUGGGAUACAUCCGACGAAUUUCCUCGCAUCCAGCUUGGAAGUACAACCCUCGUCUUGGAGGCCCUGAAAACGUCCGCGUGUUGGGAUCCCUUGCGAUCAACCACAGUGUGGGGCAGCGGUCAUAUUGCGCCAUCUUUCCCAGGAUGGGUGUUCCGCUGUACUUGAUGCGACGCAAUGACUUCCGAAGCAUCUGCGAGGCAGUUGAGCGGUUCCAGAUCACUGAUGCAAUCAUUCGGAGCUCUGUUCUUACCUCCAUGGCAAAGAAUGCCCCCGUUUGUCAGCAAUACGAUCUGUCAUGCCUCCGUCGUGUCGAGGCGUGUGCUGCGCCAAUGAGUCAGUUCACGAAGUUCAAGCUCGAAGGCAUGGGGAUUGGAUACGUCGCCCGAGCCUGGGGGCUUACAGAAACGGGAACUAUUACUGGGCCCGAUCCCCUGCGCCCGCCAAAGUCCGAGACGGUCGGGCAACUGAACGCCACAUACGAAGGAAAAGUAACUGAUUCCAGCGAUUCCUCGCGGACGUUGAAGACAGGAGAGGUUGGCGACAUCUGGAUCCGCACGCCAGGAUCAACUCGAGGAUACUGGAACAAUCCAGCCGCGACAGAGCAAGUGAUGGGGACAGGCGGCUGGAUCAGCACAGGAGAUGUAGGAUACGUCGAUGACGAAGGUAAUUGGUAUAUUGUCGACCGUAAAAAGGUAAUUCCUUGUAACCUUGCCGCCAGGUUUGGCAGGUAA